UACUUCAGUUGAUCGCCAGUAGUGCACGGAUGAACGCAACAACGCAUGCCAAGCCAAGUGAAAAACAGUCAGACAGACCAAAGUGUUAAGUGAGAGAACCGUUAUAACUACAAGUAUAACAAUAACAACAAGAGCUUAACUUCAGCAUUGCGUGUGCGGGUGUGUUUUCAAUUGAACAAACCUAACGAAAUCUAAGUUCAAAAGUUUGUUUUUUAAAACACGAAGUGGACGACGGCGUCAACUGAAACCAGUAAUUGAACUGAAUUUUCUUCAAAAAUUGCAAAUAUGCAGACAGUAAUCAAAAAUCCCAAUUGGUGGCGUAGACGUACCACUCUGGAAAGAUGCCUAACCUUGAUUUCCAUAUUCGCCUGCCUUGCUGUUGUUGGCCUCAUAGCGGGCUUGUGCUUUGUUUUGCUCUCAAAUCACAUGGCUGAAGAGCUCAAACCGGAAGACCCCAUGAAUUUGGCAUUGCAUGGCGCAACCUCAAAGCCCACACAAAACCAGGUGCCCUACACCCCCAGCAAGGCUGAGGCAGGUGGCCAUAGUAAAAAGGAAACCGAUGUCUGUUUAUCCUCCGAAUGUAUUCACACCGCCUCUGCGGUGCUGGGUAAAAUGAAAACCGAAAUUGAACCUUGUGAUGAUUUCUAUCGUUUUGCCUGUGGCACUUACAUUGAGGAGACCAAUAUCCCAGAUGACAAGGUGGCCGUCAAUACCUUCUCCAUCAUUUCCGACAAACUUCAGGAACAACUUAAGGACAUUGUGGCCGAAGAACGUCCCGAAACGGAUCCGAAACAUUUCCGUUUACCGAAUGCCUUGUAUCGGGCCUGUAUGAACAAAACUCUCAUCGAGUCAAUGGGUGCCAAGCCGAUCAAGGAAGUCGCCGCCAGAUUGGGUGGUUGGCCUGUCAUUGUUGGCGAUGCCUGGGAUCAAGACAAUACCUGGACAUGGCAGGAAACAGUGAAGAAAUUCCGUCGCCUUGGAUUCAGCAUGGAUUACAUUGUGGACUUUUCGAUUGGUGUCGAUUUGAAGAACAGCACGAAACGUAUUAUUGAUUUGGAUCAAUCCUCCAUUGGCUUGAGUCGUGAAUAUCUGAUCAAGGGCUUCAACGAAACUCUGGUCAAGGCCUACUACGAAUAUAUGGUCGAUAUGGCUGUGCUGUUUGGUGCCGACAAAGAUAAGGCCACCAAAGAGUUGGCCGAGUCGCUGCAAUUUGAAAUGGAUUUGGCAAAUAUCUCCUGGUCCAACGAGAAGAGACGUAACUCCAAUGAUUUGUACAAUUUGAGAACCAUUAAAGAAGUCCAGGAGGCCUAUCCCUAUGUGGAAUGGGUGGACUACAUUAAUGCCCUGUUGCCCGAAGGUUUGAAGGUCGAUGAGAAUGAAGUUAUCAAUUUGUCGGUGCCCAGUUUUAUGGAAGAUUUGGGUAAAGUGUUGAAACGUACCCCCAAGCGUACCAUUGCCAAUUACAUGAUGUGGCGUAUUCAUGCCUUUUCGGUGGCCUUCCUGUCGGAGGAGUUCCGUAAACGUCAAUUGCAAUAUGCCACCGCCUUGACGGGUCGCCAGGAGCAAGAGGCCCGCUGGAAGGAGUGUGUGGAUAUUUCAUCGGGAAGCAGUGACGAUGAUGAUACCUUAGCCAUCUCGGUGGGUUCGUUGUAUGUGCGCAAGUACUUCAAGGAGGACUCGAAAUCAAAUGCCCUGGAAAUGGUCAACAAUAUUCGCAGUGUAUUCGAUAAUAUUUUGGAUGAAGUCACCUGGAUGGAUGACAAGACCAAAGCUGAGGCCAAGAAUAAAUUGAAACACAUGACCACCCACAUUGGCUAUCCCGAUGAAAUGUUGGAUGACAAGAAAUUGGCUGAAUACUAUGAUAAAUUGGAAAUCGAUGCCGACAAGUAUUUCGAAUCAUUCCUGAAAAUGAAUGUUUUCGGUACCGAUUACUCGUUCAACAAAUUGAGAUUGCCUGUCAACAAGACCGAUUGGAUACGUCAUGCCCGCCCAGCUGUGGUCAAUGCUUUCUACUCAUCCAUUGAGAAUAGUAUACAAUUCCCCGCCGGUAUUUUACAGGGACAUUUCUUCAAUGCCCAUCGUCCCAAGUACAUGAAUUAUGGUGCCAUCGGUUAUGUGAUUGGCCAUGAAAUCACCCAUGGUUUCGAUGACCAAGGUCGCCAAUUCGAUUUGGAGGGUAAUUUGGUUGAUUGGUGGGAGCCCGAUACCCAAAAAUCCUAUUUGGAAAAGGCCAAGUGUAUUAUCGAACAAUAUGGCAACUAUACCGAUAAACAAACUGGUUUGAAUCUCAAUGGUAUUAAUACUCAGGGUGAAAAUAUUGCCGAUAAUGGUGGCAUCAAAGAAUCCUACAUAGCCUACAAACGGUGGGUGGAGAAGAAUGGCGAAGAACCCAAAUUGCCCGGCCUGAAUUAUUCACCCGAACAAAUGUUCUGGAUUUCGGCAGCUCAAACAUGGUGUGCCGUGUACAGGAAAGAAACUCUCAAAAUGCGUAUCACCACCGGUGUCCAUUCACCCAAUGAGUUCCGUGUCUUGGGUUCGAUGAGCAACAUGAAAGACUUCUCAAAAGAUUUCCAAUGUCCCGAAGGCUCACCGAUGAAUCCCGUUAAGAAAUGUGAAGUUUGGUAAACUUCGCAGGGAAAAAUAUUCAAAAAAAAUAUUUGUUUAUUACUUACUACACUGAAAGAAAAGAAAGAGGUUUCUAAAACCCCCCC